AUGCUUACGGUUCAUGAAGGGCAGGGCUUCAAGGGAGGGAGGGCUAUCCCAGCUGCGGCAAAGGAGAACACCCCCCAGCAGCAAACCGCCGAUGUUGUUGGGGGCGCAAAUAACGACAAUGAGGAGAGCCCCCCACUUGGCGACAGCAAUGUGGAUAACGAGGAAGAGCCAGAUGCGGGAAAAGGGAGUGAAACCACAACAGACAAAGAAGUGAAGGCGCUUCUUUGCAUCACCACCCCCAAUGCCCUGACACAAGGCGCCGCCCCAUACACGCAAGCCCAGUGGGAUCAGAUCACCGCUGGACUCAACAAAAACGCUGCAGAUGCAUUGCCUAUUUCCCUUGACUUUGCUGUUGCAGCAGUUGGCGUUCUUCUGAGCACCUCGUGGAUCUCAUUCCACUCUGUCCCACUUACUCACUUACUCCGCUGGACCUCGAGAAUGGCUGGUCUCAAGUUCAUCUCGUUGGUCACCGCCGCCAUCUUGUUGCUGGGUAGCAACUCGGCAAAUGCGGAAGACAAUCAAGCCACGAGCAACGCGGCAAAGCGGGUGGACUGCUCGGCGUCAAUGAACGCGGCCCGCAAUCGUGUCGGCUUCGCCGAACUAACGGUGGGAAAGGAAGAAGGCGAAAAACUCCCAAUAGAUGCAGCUUCCUCCGUCAGAGAUGGAACCGUAGACGCGUACGUGGGGUCAGUGUGCACGGCACUGAAAGGAGUAAGUCGUGGCGCUACAACCCUGAAUGGCCGAACUUCUUGA